UCUCCCCUCCCAGACCAGCAGAGGCAGCAGCAGAAGCCGUAGCUCCCGCCAGCCCCUCCCGCCGUCGCCAUUCCUCGCCCGCCCGGCUCUCUCCUUCCCUCCCUCCCCGGGGCCCCUCGCCUCCGGAUCGCUCCUUCCUCCCCAUUCCUCCCUUGUUUUCCUCCCCUUAUCCUACUCCCUUCCCCGUUCUCUCUGUCCGCUCACUUCGUCGUUUCCCGCCUUCCACCACACGGCGGUCAUCCUUCGUCCUUUGUAACUUGGCAGUCUAGUAUUGACCUGUGACCAAAGAUCGAGUACUUUUACACAUCACCUGAAUAUCCCCCGACCCACCACAACUCUCACCAUGGACGCCGGUGUUAUUGAAGGAGGCCUAAACGUUACGCUUACCAUCCGGCUGCUCAUGCAUGGAAAGGAGGUUGGAAGCAUCAUUGGAAAGAAAGGAGAAUCUGUGAAGAAGAUGCGUGAAGAAAGCGGGGCCCGGAUCAACAUCUCAGAGGGGAAUUGUCCUGAACGGAUAAUCACACUUGCGGGUCCCACAAACGCCAUUUUCAAAGCCUUCUCUAUGAUCAUCGAAAAACUGGAAGAGGACAUUAGCAGCUCUAUGUCAAACAGCACUGCAUCCAGCAAACCUCCUGUGACGCUGCGCCUGGUCGUUCCUGCCAGCCAGUGCGGAUCUCUCAUCGGCAAAGGAGGCUGCAAAAUAAAGGAGAUCAGAGAGAGCACAGGAGCUCAGGUCCAAGUGGCAGGAGAUAUGCUUCCUAAUUCCACGGAGCGUGCGAUCACUAUUGCUGGCAUUCCUCAGUCAAUCAUUGAGUGUGUCAAGCAGAUCUGUGUGGUCAUGCUGGAGUCUCCUCCUAAGGGUGUCACCAUCCCGUACCGACCCAAGCCAUCCAGCUCUCCGGUCAUCUUUGCUGGUGGUCAGGUGUCGCGCCAGGCCGGAGGGCACGCGUGUGAGACUGACCUGUGGGAGGGGCGCAGGUCCCACACAGGGGGGGUCUCCUUAGAUGCUGUUGAUCUCCACGGGGCCUACACCAUUCAAGGACAGUAUGCCAUUCCUCAGCCAGACCUGACCAAGUUGCACCAGCUAGCAAUGCAGCAAUCGCACUUCCCCAUGUCGCACAGCGGCAACACUGGCUUUAGCGGAGGCAUUGAUGCUUCAGCCCAAACAACAUCUCAUGAACUCACCAUUCCAAAUGACCUAAUUGGUUGUAUCAUUGGGCGCCAAGGAGCAAAAAUAAAUGAGAUUCGCCAGAUGUCUGGUGCACAGAUUAAAAUUGCUAACCCAGUGGAGGGUUCCACUGAUCGGCAAGUGACCAUCACCGGAUCCACAGCGAGCAUCAGCCUGGCACAGUACCUUAUUAAUGUCAGUCUAGAAACCGCUAAACCCUCCUCCUCCCAGAGCGCCUCGACCCCUGACCUUCUCAGCAUCUCUCAACCCUCCACCCCUUCCUCCUCCAACGCAGCCCCCAUCUCUCUGCUGACUGCCACCACAGCCGGCGGUGGGGAGCCCACCUCAGCCUCCACCUCCUCUUCCUCCUCCUCGGAUACACCUCCCAAUCCCUCGACUGUCCCCUGUGUCUCCAAUCUGCUUGACAUGAAACCCGUCCCGCUCCUGGCUCUAAAUGUCGCGUCCACCGCCUCCUCCUCUACCUCAUCCUCCUCUGCUGCAGCUGCCUCCUCCACCCAGACGUACUCUAAAGUGAAAUCGGAAAAGCAGCGCUUCUCUCCUUAUUGAGUUGCCUGUUGUGAUAAAUAUCAAGCGCCUCCGUGUUAAUUUUAUCUGUCCAGAAGAAAUUGUUUGCAUCUACAGUAAUUCCUUCAAAACUAGAAUCCGAAGAAAGCGUUCUUCCGCCCCGACAGGGUGGUUAGUGUGGACACUUUUGGAACGUAGUAGUGACUGGGGAGAAGAGCUGCCUGCCUGUGUUUUGUGAGCUUUACCAGUAGUGUUAGAUGUUUUAUUGCUUUCAUUGAUAACUUCUACUGUGUUCUUGUGAGAUUUGUUUUAAUAAAUCCAGCCAUCUGUUUGUUAACCACACAAA